AUCCCAGACAACCCGAAACAUAUUGGUAAGCAGACUGAGAAAACAAAGAAUGUUGUCACCUUGGAUAAAAGUCGAGAAAAAAAUGCUAAUCAUAAUGCUGUGGAUGCUGAGGAUAAGCAAAGUUCAAACAUUGAACCUGACAUUAUUCCAGAGGGGUUUUCGGAGUGUAAAGUCUAUCUAUCAUCACCGACUUAUCGGGCGGUUGGUCGUGGCAAAGUGCACAACUGUCUUGGUGAAACAAUACACACCAGACCGUUGCCAAUUGACCAUGUGAAAGUUAGUCUUGAGGUUGCUUUUGAGCCAAAUGCGUUUUUGCCUGUGUCUAUUGAUGAUGAAGCGUUGAUAACAGUUCGAGAUGCAAUAGGAACUUUUGUGGCGUGGCCAAAGAAUCUCGUUUCUGUAAAUAAAUCGAUCUCAGACAAUCUCCAGAAUAAGGGAACCAAAAACUCUAUAGUUCCAAAAGGUAAUGGGGAAGAAAACCGUACAAAAGGAUCUAAUGAAGUUGAUACUGCGAGGAACGGGUCAUAUUGUAGCUAUCUUACUAUGCAUGUCCAAUUGCUCAUGAGACCUAGUGAUUUAUUACCAAGCAUAAUGAUGGCCAAAGAGACAUUUGGUGUAUCAUUUGAAGAGAAGCUUGGUGUAGAUGAAAUAAAUCACGUUGUUAUGCAUCAAUGGAUUGGUGUCUCUGCUGUCUGUACAUAUAUCAGAUACUUGUACGAGAAGUUUAUGGUCCAUAAGCAAUUAUCGAAGAGGUUCUUCUUCUUAUCCCCCCAUGUAACAAGCUUUCUAGUUAAAAAGGACGAGCAAAUAAAAGCAAUUGUUGAUUUGCUUGUUAAUAAUAAUGCAAAGGAUAAGUUGGUUCUUGCGCCAUAUAAUACAUCGGUCCACUGGGUGUUGUUGGCUAUUAAUUUGAAGGCAGAGACGAUAUAUCAUUUAGAUCCUAUGCACAAGGAUCCUGAUCCACAUAUGACAGAUGUGUUUAACAC